GGAGCCGCGCAUCGCCGGUCUCCUGAGGGAGAGAGAGAGGGAAGGAAGGAAGGAAGGGAGAAACAUCCCUUCUCCCCUCGGCACGUUGGCCGACAGCGCGGUCGGGAUGCGGAGACCGAUCGGUGCCGCCGGGGAGCAGCCGCGUGAUGCUCGGGCCAGAACACCCACCUCGGUGCGGCCCCGGGGUUACGGCCGGGUUGGGCAGAGCCUGGACCCUUCGGGCGCCCCGGCAGAGGUGGCUCGGGGGUGUUUUGGCAGCCGUCGCGGGUGCGGGGCGCUCUGAUGCCCGGGCUGCUGCGGGAGCACCGCUGACUGCAGCCUGCGGCUGCUGCUGGGCGAGAACGCCAAGGGUCUCUUCAGCUGAGAGGGGUGUAGAGUUAGCGAGUGAUGUGUUUGACGUUAUCAGAGUGUACUCCCAUAUCUAUACGCGUGCACUUGUCUUCUUUUUUUUUUUUUUUUUUAUUAACUCUGGCUUAAUAUUUUUCUGUUUCUCUGUUUUUUCUGUAUGUUUAUGUGUUCUGUAAUCUUCGAUCAACAUCGUUGUGAAGAACAGGUCACGGGUGUCAGGGAAGGUAACAAAACAAAGUAGCUGAGCUGAGGUGUGGAGUCCAGAAAGACUAAUAGCCUCUUUUCCUCCUUCCUUGAAUUGCUUUAGGGCGGAGACCUAUUCAGGUAUCUCUUGAAAUACGAGCACUGGUUAAGCAUGGAAAACUUGUGGAAGAAAAUCUGCCAAGCUGUGCAGGCGUAGCACAUGUUCUAAAGCUGGUACUUGUGAACCACUGCCUUUUACAAGAGUGGGAGUACCUUCUAAGACUUCUAGAGCUACAUCUACUUGCAGCUUCAGUUUCUAUCUAGGGAGGAAAAAAGUAAUCCCCAGGCUCUAGGCUUGGUCUCUAAUAAUUACUGCAUCAGAUCUCCUAUUUGUCAGCCAAGGAUAUGCUGGCUUUCCUACCAGCCUCAUGCCUCCAUCAUAAGCUGGAGUCUGGCAGCUGGACUGUGUGAAGGUGUGUGCUGGACAAGCAGAGCCUUGUUCCAGGGGGCAAAGCUGCCUUUCUCUUUUGGCUAUAGAAGUUUUUCUCUUUUCAUUCUUUUUGCCUGUCAGGAAUGACCCAAAAGGCAAGAUAGAAACUUGAGCUGUUCAGUAAUCUCACCUAUGGUAGUAGUUUUACCAGAAGGCUACGCUAAUUGAGUCUAUAGGUGGUACUUAAAGAAAAUAAAGUGCUUUCACUGAGUUUUGUAAAGUGUUGUAGGUUGUGGUUUUGUGUGUUUGUUUGUUUGGGUUUUUGUGGAGUUUUUUGGUUUUUUUUUGAGUAAAAGCAGUAGAAAGUAUAUUUCUUGUAUUGGAAUUAAAGAAGUCUGUCUUUGCUGAUAAAUUAAAUUGACUUCAGUUUCAAAGCAGAACAUUGCAAAACAAUAACUUGUGAUGACAUUAGUUCUUAAAAAUAUAUUUGGUAGUCCUGGGCUAUGUGCUAAUCAUGUUGCAAUAUGGGUUCUAUCUGAACCUGCACUUUUCCUUUAACUAACUUUCUAUUCCUCACAUGAAAAUGUGAGAUUAUUGACAUUAAAAGGUCACUUCCCCUCUAUUUAGGAAGGGUUCAGUAGUUAAAACUAAGUGUAUGUAGACUCUCUAUGUGUAGAGUGUUGCCAGGCUUUACCUGUUAGUGUUUAAUUGGUGGCAUAAAUAAAAUUAACUUUUGAAAAGGUGUAUUUAUUUUUAUGAAAAAAAACCACAUUAAAAUUAUAGGAUUUAGUAAACUUGUAGCCGAUAAAAUUGUUAACUGUGGGCUUAUUAGAUUUUCUUUAAUUUCCACAAAUAUAGACUCUGGUUUUAUUUUAGUAUCUUAGUGUAUUUUUAUUCUGCUUUUCACAUGGAGCCAAGGAAAGCCAGCCUGACUUUCUCAUGAUGUUGACACCUGCACAUUGUUCAGUGUUCACUUUAGACCAAAUUGUGGCAAAUUUUCGUGCUUCAAAAACCUCACAAAAUGACUCCUAGUUUUGCUCAAAGCCAUAGAUACAGCUAGCUAAGAUAUGAUGGCUGAAGGGAGGGGACGAGUAAUUACUUGGUAGCCAGCUAUCAACCAUUAAAAAACAACAAACCCCUCGCUCCAACUAUAAAAAUAAAAGGCCUUUUCAGACCACUUACCUUGCAUCAUCUGAGAGUUCGAAGUGAUUUAGUCCAUUCAAAUGCAUUAAAAAAAAAAAAGAGAGGGGAUCAAGUUCUGGCAUGGAAAAGUUAAUAAUUAAUAUAUUUCAAAAUGCGAUCAAUUAUUAAUAAGAAAAUCCCCAUCAUCGAUACUCAUGUCAAUACCGAAAUGAAUGGAAACUCAUGUCUUCGAAGCAUUUUUAUCGAGAGAAAUUGUCUUGCAAAAUUUAGGAUUUAAAGUUUGUUCUCGAGUUUUACAGAGGGUCAAACGCUUUUUAUUAAGAUAUGCUGUGAGUCCAGCGCAUCAUGCCAGGAGCAUGGCACCAUCUCUUCAAUUUGAAGAAAUUAGUUUUGACACUUUGGCAAAUGGUGUGAGAGGAAACCACUGCUGCUUCCUGCUGGGGCUUCCAGGUCAUGUUAGGGGGCAGUCAGAGCAAGAGACUGUUAUACACAGCUGAGAAAGCUGCCAGGGAAGAAGAAAAAAAACUGAAUUAAACCAGACAAAAAUAGAGAAGGUCAUGAAGCCUGCUUGCUUUGUCAGAUGCCUUUGGUACUAUAGAAGUAAAUGCUGUAGGACUGCUGAGACAUUAACUUGACAGCAAUGAUUGCUUGGGUAGUAACCGCAAAGCAAAACAGUUUUGGAAGAUCUGGACCUGCGUCUCUUCCCAUAUACAGAAACUCAAGGAAAUAAUUCCUGAGGUACUUUAAACUGGAGAAACUUCAUUAUUAGAAAAGAUGAGGAUCAGCUUAGUGGAGUUAUUCCACUGCAAGAGGGCAGCCAGGUCUUUCUUGUUUUCAGUAAAGCAGAUCAAUCAUUAGCAAAUUUGAAUGGCAGCAGAUUUAACUCUCUUGCUGGAACGUGGUCAGUAUAAUUAGACAGAAUGUGUCACAAUCAUUUGAUUAGUUCACUAAAUAUCACAAUCAGACAAUUGACCAGUAUAAAAGAAAUAAAAUAUAACAGAAGUGAUGGAGCUUUAAAGUUGUUGUUUUUUUUUUUUCUUGCCUGGCAACUGAACUGGGCAGCAUAGCAGGGUGAGCUCCUAUUUACUAUGCUAAGUCACCCAUCUGGGGAAAACAACCAGUGUUACUCUUAGGUGGUGUCUGACACGUGAGUGUCCUGCCAGAAGUCAUCGUGUGGAGUGAUGUGAGCAGGGUAUGUGCAGAGUCCCAAAGGAAUCCUUUCUUCCCUUGCUCAGUUACUUUGAAUAGGAACAAGUGAAUCAGUUGUGCGGACAGUUAAACUCUCAUCAGUCUUCAGAGUAAACAAAUUAAAUGUACAGACAGCACAGGGUUGAGCUCCUGUCACUGUAUAUUGUGUGUAUGCAGAGACUGGGGUGGUACAAAUCUGCAUAGCUCCACUGGCAGGAUAAACAGCAAGCUGAAAGAUAACACAGUGAUACUUGCUCCUGUUUGUCUAGGAGCAUCUGGAAUAGUUCAUUUUAUAUUAGAUGAAAAAUUACUACUGAAAGAGCGUGGUUUGUUUGGCUUUUUCCUUAGCUGUGGGUUGGACUUAAGAGGAGUUGUAAAUGCAAACAUGAUCUUACCCAAAAUGCAUUCUUAACUCCAUCCUCAGUUACAGCAAAACAUGAUGGAAUAUACCUGAAAAAAAUCCACAAUAACUAUUAAUUAUAAUAAUUCUUAUUAUAAGAAAGGUUUUUUUUUUUUUUAAAGUGAGAACAAUCAAUCAGUUGGACAACUUCCCCAGGGAUGUAGUGGAGUCCCCAUCACUGAAGGUUUGCAAGAUGGUACUGGCCAGGGUGCUAAAUAGUCUGAUCAAGGCUCCAAAGCUAAAAUGGAAUUCAGUGGAGGACAAAGGAUUUGACUGAAACCCUGUCUUAAUAAGAAUAGAACCUCCUAUUAGGUAGAGCCUGACCAGGUGAGCUGCUUGAAGAUCCUUGCAAAUUAUUUCAGUCUCCAUCACUGGUGGUUUGACUGGCCUCACUUCUUACAUGGCUGUCCUGAGGUUAGACUGGAUCUUCUGUGUAUCCAAACCCCUGCUUACCAGUAGAUCAGAACAACACUGGUAGGGAGUAGGAAAAGAACAAGGUGCCAAUCUAAAAAAAUUGACAUUUUCCCUGUGCAACUAGCAAAUAUUUUUUUAGAAACUUGGAUGUUUAAUUCUAAACUUACUGUUUUGUCUUUUAUAUUCACAGGCAUAUUUUGAAAACGAUAAUUCUGGGCCAGAUGCUCUCUUUGUUUAUCUGUGGGACUGCUGUUACAAGCCAGUAUCUAGCAGAAAAAUACCAAGUGAAUACUCCAAUGUUUCAAAGUUUCAUCAACUAUACUUUGCUGCUUCUAGUUUAUACAACAAUGCUGGCAUUUAGGACUGGCGGUGAUAGUCUUUGGCAAAUUUUGAAGCAGAGGUGGUGGAAGUAUAUUCUUUUGGGAGUGGCUGACGUUGAAGCCAAUUACAUGAUUGUAAAAGCCUACCAAUAUACAACUCUCACAAGUGUGCAGCUGCUGGACUGUUUCGGGAUUCCUGUGCUGAUGGCUUUGUCAUGGUUCAUUCUCCGAGCAAGAUACAGGCUGAUACAUUUUCUUGGUGUUGCCGUCUGUUUGCUUGGUGUAGGAACAAUGGUGGGUGCAGACAUUUUGGCAGGGAGGCAGGACAGUGAAGGAAGUGACGUGGUGAUUGGAGAUGUCUUAGUGCUUCUUGGUGCUUCUUUGUAUGCCAUUUCUAAUGUGAGUGAGGAAUACAUUGUGAAAAAUCUGAGCAGAGUGGAGUUUCUAGGAAUGGUGGGCUUGUUUGGGACUAUUGUCAGCGGUCUACAGCUAGCCAUUGUGGAACAUAGGGAGAUAACGAGAAUUCAGUGGAACUGGAAAGUUGCACUGUUGUUCACAGUCUUUGCCCUGUGCAUGUUUGGGCUGUAUAGCUUCAUGCCAGUUGUCAUUAAAGUUACCAGCGCAACCUCAGUCAACCUGGGUAUUCUGACUGCAGAUCUCUACAGUCUGUUCUUUGGGCUUUUCCUUUUCUAUUAUAAGUUUUCAGGUCUUUAUAUCCUGUCCUUCGUUAUCAUCAUGGUGGGCUUCAUCUUGUAUUGCUCCACUCCAACUCUGACAGCAGAACCCACUGCCUUACCACAGCCUAACAGCACUGGCUUGGACAAUGCUGCACUAAAGCUUGAAGAGGGUGAAAGUGAAACUCCAGCCAUAACUGUGCAGUUCACAAGAGGAGAAACUGUGGCAGUCAGGACUGAUUAAAGAAUAGCAACAUUUCAAUCCGAGCUUCUUUUUAAAUCGCCAAAUUUCCCUCAAAUAUUAAUCCAGAGGGUUGUCCUAAUGCCAAAGCAUGUGUCAUGCUGCGCUAGUUUUAAUGCACUGGAUAGACUUUUAAGGCCAGAUCCUCAAUCAGUGAAAUUAUUGAUUUGCCCUUGCACAAAAUCUGGCCCUUAGAAGAAGACAGAUUAGUAUUUAUGUGGAGUCUCUGGAAAGUUAGAGACUCUUAUUUUUAAAUGCUUAAUUAACUUAACAAUAAAUGCUUGGGGAAAAAACUAAGCCAAAGCAAGCUCUCAGGUCACUAAGUGGAGCAAAUAUGUUUUAUAUUGCAUUAGGGACCUAAAUCUGCAUGAUGCUUUCAGAGGGCUUCAUGGUUUCCUCCUCUUGGUGCUGAAUACCCUCAAAUAGCAUCUUGCAAAAGCCGUUCAGCUUCUCACAGGACCUAGUUCUGCAAGCCCUAUUACAUACAUACACCUUCCACAUGCUGGUGAACUUAAUUCCUCUACGGGAGGAUUUGCUUCCGAUGUUCUGCUCAAAUGUUCAUCUCUUCAUAUUGCUGCACUCCCUCUCACAGCUGAGGUGGCUAUGUGUAUUUUAUUUUGAAUUUUGCUAGUAAGAGAAGUUUGAAUAUGUUUUUAUAGUGCCUUCUAUUUCUCUCUCAGUGGCCUUUUGUUUACUGCAUUCCCACUAGGUGGGGGAAGCAAAAGCAGACCCUUGCUCUGUUCAGUAAGAACUGAAUGUGGGUUUCUUUUUGAGAUGAGACAGCAAAAAAUUUUGAACUGACGUUCACUUCCAGUGAAUUUCUCCAUGAAACAAGACACAUUUCUACUGGAAGAGUUGAAUAGAAUUGACAUUUCUUGAAAAAAAUCAAAUCAUCUUAGCCAACUCUCAUUGCAACAAUAAUGACAUAAUAUCCAAAAGGUUAAGUGCUUUCAGUAGAUAUGCUGGCAGUUUUCCCCCUCCUCUUCAUAUUUACAAUAAAUGAUUAAAAAAUACAAGACUGCAGUUUUAACAUCAGUAAAACCAUACUGGGGUUUUAUUUUACUUUAUAUUUUGUAUAAGCCUUUGGAGUUCUGGUGUAUGAAGUAAAAAAAGAAUAAAGUAUUCAGCAGCUGAA